ACUGGGUUUCACUGAUGAAAAGGUCCUUUUCCGCAUCAGGGAGUCACGUUUCGUGAGCUGGAGGGGAGCACUGUGAUCUCCCCCACCAACUCGGCUGUUUUUGGCGCUACAUUACACGUCUUUGCCUUCUCCUUUUUCAGCUAAGCUUCUUGAGGCCUUUUCAGUUCGGUUUCCAUCUCUGUUCGGUCCCAUGUUUCUCGGCAGCAGCCCCUCUCUGUAAAAAGGUUUCUUCCCUGCUUCACCAUCGAAAAAAGACCCUUUUUUCACCCAAGCUUUCUUGCUUCCAUGCUUUUUUCUUGUCCACUCUGCUAUCUGGACUCUGGAGUAUCUCAUUUCAAAUCGUGGCGUCUCUGUUUUAUUGAGCUAUAGCGGUAUACUAUAGCCUUCUUUCCCCUGUUCGCCUACAGUUUUUCAACUUUCAACAACUCCCGAGUUGAUCUUUGCGUCUCCUAUUAGUUCCAUUGUUUCAGCACUGGAAUAGGUUGAUUCACCAUGGGCCGCGCGAUGAGGUGGUUCAAGAAGGUUCUCACCGGCAAGAAGGAAGGAGGAGACAGGGAUCGGAAGGAGCACAGCGCCGCCGGAGGCGCCAAUGGUGGCGUCGCGCCGCCGCCGAUGGAGAGGAGGAGGUGGAGCUUCGCUAAGCCGAGGAGCAGUUUCGCUGACGGCAGCCGCAGGCCCUCGGUCACCGCCGUCGUCGCCGGCGAGCUCUCGCAGGUCCGGCCAUGCAGCUGCGGCCAGCAACGGGAGGUGGAGGCGGCCGUCAUGAUCCAGAAGGCCUUCAGAGGAUACCUGGCUAGGAGGGCAUUGCGCGCUCUCAAGGCGCUUGUCAAGAUACAAGCUCUGGUACGUGGCUACCUUGUGAGGAAGCAAGCAGCGACGACUCUGCAGAGGCUGCAAGCGCUCAUGAGGCUCCAAGCCUCCUCUCGCGCCAUCAAGAUGGCCUCAUCGCGGAAAUCCGUCGAACAGGAGAGGAUUGUCGUGCAAAUGCAAGGAGGGCGGGUAAAGACAUUGACGUUGCCGGUGGUGCACCGCCGUCGGGUGUCCGACGGCGGCGACAUCAACUUCGACCGCAGCCCGAGGAUCGUGGAGAUGGACACGUGCCAGCUCCGGUGCCGGUCUUCCCGGAUCACGAGCCGCUACGCCGCCGACCCGCCGCCGGACGGCACGCCGGGGUCGGUGCCGCUGUCCUCGCCGCACCUCUACUGCUACAAGCCGCCGCCGUCGCGCCACCUCCAGGCCGAGGAGCACGAGCACGAUGCGCGGGCGCAGCCGAAGACGACGCACAACACGCCCCGGCUCGCCGCCGCGCUCCCGGCGGGGUACCACGGCCCGGCGUCGCCGGCGAAGGGGCGCGUCGUGAGCCCGCGGUACAUGGCGGACACGGCGUCGUCCGUGGCGCGUGCGCGGUGCCAGAGCGCGCCGAGGCAGCGGCACGGCGCCGCCGGCGAGCCGAGGCCUAGCCUGGCCCGCGCCGGGUCGAGGAAGUCGCGGCCGGACAGCGCCAUCAGCUUGAAGAGCUCGGAGAUGAGCCGCCACGAGGACUCGGAGUUCAGCGACGACGUCACUAGAGAUUAUUACCUCGAUCAGCUCUGGUGAUUACUCACAACCGGAGCCCGAAUGCUAAUCCAGGAGUGUGUUUUAAUUAACUUUCGGUACAUAUUAGUGUUAGGACUAAGAUGGUAAAUCUUCGCAAAGUACCACCAGAAUAUGUAGCUCGAGUAUGGCAAAAGAGCAGGGAAUAAAAUCUGUUCUACCGCUACAGCUCUAACCACAUUCUCUCUCUUCUUAUUGACAAAUUUUAUUCCACGACAACUAAAUCUUAUGUAAUUUACUGAUAAAUAUCCUAUAAAUGUGCUAUAAUUGAAGGAUAAUAAAUAAUUGGUAAUUUAUCGAA